AUGGACAGAGAGGGCGAGUGGUCUGAGUUCAGACAGUUUUGGCGCAAAUUGGGUUCAAUGGGUCUCUUGGGAGUGACCGCUGAGUCCCGCUUCGGAGGACUAGAGUUGGGAUACUUAGAGCACUCGCUGGUGAUGGAGGAGAUCAGCCGCUGCGGCGCCGCCAUUGGUCUCUCAUACGGAGCGCACAGUAAUCUCUGUAUCAAUCAAUUGACACUCAAUGGCAGUGAAGAACAGAAACAGAAAUAUCUGCCAAAACUGAUCGAUGGCUCACAUGUGGGCGCUCUGGCUAUGAGUGAAGUGACGAGUGGUUCGGAUGUGGUGUCGAUGCGAACUGUGGCCAAACGGGAACACGACUACUAUGUGCUCAACGGAUCCAAGUUUUGGAUAACCAACGCUUCGGAGGCCGACGUACUGUUUGUCUACGCGAAGACCAGCGACAAUGGGAUCACACCAUUCAUUAUCGAGAAAGGGAUGGAAGGGUUCAGUAUUGGACAGAAGAUCGACAAACUGGGAAUGAGAGGCUCGCCGACGGGGGAACUGGUGUUCGACAACUGCAAAGUUCCCGUCAAUAAUAUGGUCGGACGGCUCGACAAAGGCGUAUACGUACUCAUGAGUGGCCUCGACUACGAGCGUCUGGUUCUGGCCGCGGGUCCGCUCGGCAUAAUGCAGGCCUCCUGUGAACUGGCCUUCAGUUACGCCCAUCAGAGGCAACAGUUCGGUCAACCCAUCGGUCACUUCCAGAUACUGCAGGCGAAGAUGGCCGACAUGUAUAUCAAGCUGUGCUCUUCGCGAUCCUAUCUGUACAACACUGCGCGCGCUGUCGACGAGUAUAAGCGUCGCUCCGGAGGGCGCAUACCAUUGGGUAAAGCGAGUCCAUUCACGAAGGAGUGCGCGGGAACUAUACUCAGUUUGUCGGAAACGGCCACUCAGUUAGCGUUAGAUGCCAUUCAG